AGAGUCGGCUCAGCAGAAUUCCUGAACCGGUUUUGUGUGCGUCGGCCGGUCUUUGGUCUUCGUCGGUAUCAGAGGUGUUUUCUCAGCUUCAGUCCAGCUGCUCUGUCGGAUCAGGAUCAUUUCCACGACUCUGCCCACAGAACACACUGAAAACACAACGGGCAAAAGACGCAGCUGCGCAGUUUGUGUUUGCAACGCUUCGUUCACCUCGGCGACUUCGCUGUAAAAGCUUUCACAUUCCUCUGAGGCUCAGCGGCUGCAGCGCUCUGACCUUCAAGGACCGAACCAGGCCGAUGAGCCGGUGUGAAGAGAGAGGGCAAGCGGCAUAGACAAACAUUGAGAGAGAGAGGGAGAGGGAGCAGCUGGAGGCGACAGAGAGAGCUUCAGUGGUAGAGAGAGAGAGAGAGAGAGAGGAGGCAGCAGGACGGAGCAUGAAGGAGCUGCUGAGUUUCUGUUUCUGAAGACGAAAACACAAAAAGGUUGCGAUGGGAAACACAGACAGUCACAGCGGCUUUGUCUCUCCUGCCAAGCCCUCCUGCUCGCUCAGGUUCUCCUCCAGGAGGGAGGAGGUGCCGUCAGCUCGCAGCUGGUGGAGGAGCAACAGCCAGGGAGGCUGCAGGAGCCGGGGGAAGAACUACUUGAACCAGCACUCCGCCGGUCCCCCGUACACCUCCUGGCACUAUGAACAUGCACCCAAAGCAGCCAGAGGAGGCUCCAGGCUGGGUGCUGGGUCUCCUCAGAGGUACAGCAGAGGCGACUGCAGGAGUCAGUUUGGAUACUUGGAGAGUGGCGCGGGGAGUAACAGUGUCCGUGGCGAGCGGACGUCUCUGGAGAGUGGCGGCAGCCCCAAAGUGCUGCUCAGCAAAGACGGCAGCAUGAGGGUGGAGUUCACCAACAGCAGGGUCAUCCCCGUGGAGCCUCAGGGGUUAACUGGCCUACCUACCAUCACCACGACAACUGCUGCAGCUCCAGUGCCCGAACCCUCCCUCCGCACCAGUAAGGGCAGCUCGCUCAGCUCCGAUGGCUCCUGGUACGACUCACCAUGGGGCGGCGGCACAGAGCUGGCCGACAACGUGUUCGUCUGCGGGCAGAGCGUGGACAACAGCAGCGGAUACACCACCUACUCCUCCACCCGAACAGAGGGGACCGCCACCAGCAGCAGUGGCUAUAACACUGUCUUCUCAGCUCAGGUGGAGGACAUCUCACCUGGAUUUAACUCCACCCUCCUCUUCCCCGCCACAGAGGCCAACGAGUUCACCUCCACCCCGGGUUACAACACCUGCUCCUCCGGUCGGACGGAGGACAGCGGCAUCGGAGACUCUGUGAUCCUGCAGCCGGACCUGAGAGACUUCAGCCUGGUCUCCUCCUCCGCUGCAUCACUGGACAGCGUUUACACCAGCCACAACACGCUGCCCGCCUUCCCCACAGCACCAGACACCCCCCUGCAGCAACAGCACCGGACCGCCUCCUCCUCCUCGGCGCUGCUGGAUGACGUCAUCCAGGAGGAGGAUAUUGCAGGUGGAGGCGUCGAGCAGCGUUUCUCCUCCCUCACGCUGCCCUGCCGCAGGGCCGAGCUCGUCAGCAACGCCCCCGCCGCCGGGAGCAACCGCAAAGACUUCCUGAAGAGCCGAAUCAGACGACUGAGCGACUGGACAGGAAGUCUGAGCAGGAAGAAGAGGAGGAUCCAGGAACCUUACGGCAGUGACACCAGUGAUGUUUUCAUCAACGGACUGAACUCCGGGCUGGUCGGGUGCAGCACACCGUGGUCCUCCAACCCGCUCCACAGUCUGAACCAGAACCAGUUCCCUCCGGUCCACCGUGGCUCCUCCUCCAGAAGCCUGAACCAGUGCAGCGACACCCAGCGGCAGAACAUCUACGAAAACUUCAUGCAGGAGCUGGAGACGGGCUGCAGCAGCGCCGCCGACCGGACCGAGCCAUCAGAGGAGGAUGGAGAGGAGGAGGAGGGGGAGGAAGAAGACGAGGAGGGAGAGGAGGAGAUGGAUGGGGAGGUGGAGUUGGGAGGAGGGGAGCAGCUGGAUGUCCUGUUUGAGAAGGAGCAGGGUGUGGUGCGACGGGCAGGAUGGCUCUCCUUCAAAGCCCUUAUCACCGUCAACAAGGACGGGAAGCUGGAGCUGGUCGCCCGCCGCAAGUGGAAACAUUACUGGGUCACACUGAAAGGUUGCUCUCUGCUGUUUUAUGAGACGUAUGGGAGGAGCGGCGGCGCCGAGCAGGAGCUCUCUCCUCGUUACGCCCUGCUGGCCGACGACAGCAUCGUCCAGGCCGUCCCCGAACAUCCCAAGAAGGAGCACGUCUUCUGUCUGAGCAACUCGUACGGAGACGUCUACCUGUUCCAGGCCACCAACCAGACCGACCUGGAGAACUGGGUGACAGCGAUCCACUCGGCGAGCGCCUCCCUGCUGGCCAAGCGCCAGGGGAAGGAGGACACGCUGCGUCUCCUGCGCUGCCAGAGCCGCUCGCUGCUGCACAAGAUCGACAUGGACGGGAAGAUGAAGAAGAUGGCCGAGCUGCAGCUGUCCGUCAUCAAGGAGCAGAAGAACAGGAAGGCGGUGGAGAGCCAGAUCAAGCAGUGGGAGCAGAACCUGGAGAAACUGAACCUGGAUCUGUUCAGACUGAGGUGCUACCUGGCCAGUCUGCAGGGCAGCGAGCUCCCGAACCCCAAGAGCCUCCUCGCCGUCGCCAGCCGGCCCUCCAAGAGCAUGCUGGGCCGCCUGGGAGUCUUCUCUGUGUCUUCGUUCCACGCCCUGGUGUGCAGCAGAGACGAGGUGACGCUGAGGCGGCGUUGUCGGUCUCUGUCCGGGGGACACGGCAGGAGGAGGGGGCUGCCGUCCUCUCUGAAGGCUCUGGACGGGCUGAACAGACGCAGCAGGGACUCAACAUCCCAGGUUUUCAAGAGUCAAGUCGCCACACCAUCUCUCCACCACACCGCCGUCUGCAGCUCUGAGAGACUGCACUGUGUGUCCAAACAGAGGGAGCUGGCGCCCUCCGCAGGACGACCUGCAGCUGUACAGGUGUGUGACGAGCUGCAGGUUUCAGUCCUCGGUCUUUUCUCUCUGCACAUCUGUCGACCCGACGCUGCAAAAGACUUCGGUUUUGCGGUGACGGGUCAUGUGGACGGAGCCGGGAAAAGUCACAUCUACGUCAGCGAGGUUGACCCACUGGGACUGUCCGUCAGAGAAGGCCUCAGGGCCGGAGACGAGAUCCUGGCUGUGAACGGGGCUGCUGUAUCCGGACUGGACCUGGACCUGAUGCAGAGUCUCUUCAGCCACCAGAAGCUGCAGCUGCUGCUGAGGAGGGACCAGUCACCUGACCCAGAAGAGCCCGCCGCCGCCGUCUGGCCUGAACCCAGUGAAGCUGCCGACCCCUGUCCUCCAAACCUCCACACCUGGACCACAGAUUUUUCUACUCCAGACGACGUCCUGCCUCCUGCUGACGACGCCGAGCCGACGGGACAGAACAUGGAUCAGGUGUACUCUCUGUACCAGACCUUCCCAGAAGGCCAAGCUGCAGAUGCCGACGUUCCCAAGAACCCGUACAGCAGAGAGGCGGGCCUGCCGCCUGCGAGCCCCGCCCACCUGAGCGUGUGUCAGCGGCUGCGUAAAGUCAUCCAGGAACUGGUUGACACCGAGAAGUCCUACGUCAAGGACCUGGUCUGUCUGUUUGACAUCUACCUGACCCCUCUGCAGACGGAAACUUUCCUCAGUAAAGAGGAGAUGGAGGCGCUGUUCGGCAGCCUGCCGGAGAUGUUGGACUUCCAGAGGGUUUUUCUUCAAACUCUGGAGGAGAGAAUCGCCUCCUGUCCCAACUUCAGCAGCCUGGAGACGCCUGAGCAGUUCAAGAAACUCCUCUUCUCGUUGGGAGGGUCUUUCCUUUACUACGCUGACCACUUCAAACUCUACAGCGGCUUCUGCGCCAAUCACAUCAAAGUCCAGAAGGUUCUGGAGAGAGCAAAGACAGACGGAGCCUUUAAACAGUUCCUGGAGGCGAGGAACCCGACCAAUCAGCACUCGUCGUCUCUGGAGUCCUUCCUGAUCAAACCUGUGCAGAGGGUCUUGAAGUAUCCACUGCUGCUCCGAGAGCUGGUGUCUCUGACCGACCCUGAGAGCCCCGAGCACACACACCUGACAGAGGCUCUGAGAGCGAUGGAGAAGGUGGCGAGUCACAUUAACGAGAUGCAGAAGAUCUACGAGGAUUACGGCUGCGUGUUCGACCAGCUGGCUGCAGAGCAGAGCGGACCUGACAAACAGGUAACAGACAUCUCGAUGGGGGAGUUUCUCGCCCAUUCGUCGGUGGUCUGGUUGAACCCUCUUCCCUGUCUGGGACGCCUGAGGAAAGAGCCAGAGCUCACACUGUUCGUGUUCAAACGUGCUGUCAUCCUGGUUUAUCGUGAGAACAGCAAACUGAAGAAGAGGAUGACGGGCUCCCGCUCUGCUGAUCUGGACCCCUUCAGGUUCCGCUGGUUAAUCCCAGUUUCAGCAGUUCAGGUCAGACUGGCCAACAUCACAGGCUCGGAGAACCCAUGUGUGUGGGAGCUGGUUCACAGCCGGUCCGAGGUGGAGGGACGACCGGAGACGGUGUUUCAGCUCUGCAGCAGUGGCUUGGAAACGAAGGCCAGCAUGCUGCGAGCCCUGCGCUCCCUCCUCAGAGACCGAGCACCCGUCGGCUCCCUGAGGAGGACCAGGCUGUCAACGGCUGAGAGGAGCAGCUCCUGGAGGAGGAGGCAGCAGAGGAGUCGCAUCGACACCCAGAGGAUGACUCAUCACCAGCCGGAGGAGAGCUGCAGACCUGAAGGCAGGUUCCUCCUGGGAGAAACCUGCUCGGAGCCUCUGCUGCCCAGCCGUGCUGCAUCCGACUCUUCUGGGAAGAGGACCAGACUCUGCUCCCUGACCAGCGAUCUCGAAGCUCAGCUGCAGAGGCUGAACUUCAGAGAGGAGGAGGCAGAACGAGGAGCCACGUCUCCAAGUGAAGACCUAAGGACCACGGAGGAGAGACGGAGCUCCAGCCUGAGGCGAAGCCCCGGAGGAGAACUGCUGGACCUCAGCAGCCUGCUGGAGAGAGACUACAGUGUUCAGAGCAUGACCUCCAUGAUUAACGAAGACUGUUUCUAUGACACCAUGUUAGGGAUUCAGAAGGCUGCUGUUCCCUCACUACAGGGCUAAAGCUAAAGUGCUAGGAGACUGAAGAGCUGAUCUACCAAACUCCUCCAGCCAGGGAGAGUGAAACUAAACUCCAGAUGCUGAUCCUGGAAACUGAGCUAAAAUGAGACCUGCAGAGUGCUUCUUACUCCUGUCUUCGUUUACCUGAAGGCUCUCACACCUGGACGGGGAGGUGAUCACAUGUCAACUCAUCAUACUGAUCGAUUCAUACAGAGGUGGACACCACUACGCUGCUGAAGGUUGAAUUCAUUCCCACUGCUGGAAAUUAAAUCUUUUGGACAAAACUCCCAUCUCUUCAACUUCUUUAAGACCUGGAAAAUCUCCACAAAAACUGGGAUUACAUGACUUUUGGCAUUCCCAAGGCAGGCGUCUGAUUGGCUGUUACAACACCUGCAUCUAGGAAACACACCUUCAGUUUGGAUCCUGCAAAUAACUUUUCCACUCAUUUUUUUAACAAAUGGAAGACAAACUUCCAGUAGUCUUUCCCAGUUAAGGUGAAAAAUGAACAGAAACCAAUAUCAGGGCCACUGUCAGGGGAAAAAAUGGAAAUUGAAUCAAAAUAAUUUGAGGAAAAUAUCCAAAUGUAAAAUUUGUAAUAUUACAAGGAAAAAUGUUCGAUUUUCUAACAGCGACGUUGUAAUAUUACAAGCUGUUUAUUUCAAUACUCUAGAACAGACUGACUGUGACUUUAUUUUCAUAAUAUCAAGGCCUUUUUUCCUAAAAUUACACCAUUAUUCUGUUUAUUUUUAUUUCAAAUAUCGACCAUUGGAAUGAUUGAACACCAGCUCAGUGACAAACCACAAACCUCCAGAACAUUUUCAGGGACGACAGUAUGAAAUCAUGAAUCAUCUUUUCCAAGAAGACAGCGGCACAUUUACUGACAUUUAAAGAUCCAACUAUAUUUACAUUUUUUUCUCUUUGUACUUUUGAAAUCACACUGUGGAUUUAACAUUUUUUUAAAGGAACUCAAACAUCUGGAACUCAAUUUUUUUUUAACUACUACAGCUCUCUGUCUGAUGGAUCUAGAAAAACUUUCUAUUUGAUAUUUCUUGUAUAUUUCUGAAGCAGGAGGAACCAGACGAAUGUUGGACUUGUGUUUUUACCCUCACCUGCCUGAACUCAUCAUAAUUUUUCAGAGUCAUCUCUUGUAAAUGUUUUUUUCUCUGUACAGUUUAUUUGUUCAUUUGUAGUUUUCUGUGUAACAGAUAUUUUCUUUCUUUGUUCUUGACAAAAGCAGUUUGCAGUAAAUAUCUGGAUCUGCUGGAUUGGAUCAAAGCCUUUGUAUAUCUGGCAGAUUGGAUUAUUGUAUUUAUAUUUUUUUGUCAAGUUUGUUUUGUGUAUUUCAGUUUUGUGACUGAAGAUGUAGAAAGACAACUGUUUCAUUUUAAAUGAACUUUUCAUGUUAUUUUUUGAACUGUUAAAGUAUUUGGUAAUUUAUUUUCUUAAAUAUUUGUGUACAACUUUUUAAUGACUUGAUGCUGUUAAAGUCCAAUAAAUGGAAAAAUAUUUUAA